CCGCUUCCGGUUGUUGUAAGUUUCAAUUUGCGUCACCUGAUUGUGGUGUGUUUCAGUCCGACGCUCCUCCUCCAAAACGAACCACGUUUGUUUCAAUCUUGUUUCCUUCCUUGACCUUUCACCUGGCCUCUCUCCUCUCUUUCUUUCGCAAUUAGUCACACCUCAGAAAUACACACUCAUUCAGUGGAGGGUGUCUUCAAAUGUGAGUCGCUUCCUUAAUUCCUCCUCCGUUUAUUUCUAAUAAAUAUAAUCUUUCUGGCCGAUCCACUGCUGACUUGGAAAGGAAUAUUUAUUUCUUAAAGAAGUAAACAUGCCACCGAAAUUCGUUCGCAACCUUGGCGCUUCCGAUGUGGCAGGUUCGCGCCCUGCUGAACUGGUUUCUCUGCUGAAUUCUGGUGAUUCUGAUGAUGAAGACUUCUUUCUCAAAGGUCCUCGUAUGGGCGAGAAGAUUGCUGACCCCAAGAUUGGAAAAUUGCAGAACCAGGUUGGAGAGGUUAUUGAUAUUAUGAAAGACAAUGUUUCACGUGUAAUGGACAGAGGAUGUAAACUGGAAGAUCUCCAAGACAGAUCAGAUGACCUUGUUACCAAUUCAGACCUCUUCAGAUCUCGUGCUGUCAAUCUUCGACAAAGAAUGUGGUGGCAGAAUUGUUGGACAAAAAUUAUAAUUGGAAUGGUCAUUUUAAUUGUAUUGGCUGUCAUAAUAAUUCCCAUCAUCAUUCAGAAUUCAUAAGAGAAAGGAUUAAAAAAAAACAAAACAAAAAAAAAACCAAAAAAAAAAAAAAAUACCGAAGGACAAAA